UUUUCAUUAGUUUGUUUUCACAAGUCGGCGAAAUCACUGCGACAAAUCACCCCUUAUAUAUAGCUUAACUAUACUAUAUAAACCGUUUCUAUAAAAGACAAACAUGUUUACACUGCGUCGAAUCAGUCAGCGUUUGUAUCCAAAGCAAAUUCAACACUUGAAAAUGUCACAGGUCGGUGAACUUGGAAGUGGUGCCGGAAAGGGAGGCGGCGGAGGUGGAACCAUUCGGGAGGCAGGAGGUUCCUUUGGCAAAAUGGAGGCAGCUCGCGAGGAGGAGUUCUUCUACAAGCAGCAAAAGGAGCAACUAAAGAAUUUGAAGACCAAGACGGAGUCGAAGGCUCCAGAGGCACCGAAAAAGUAAAGAAGUGUUAGUGUUGAAAAAUAUUAUAAUAUUUAUGAUAUUAAUUGUCACAUGAUCAAUUUUUCUUAACUGUAUUUAUUAAAAGAGUUACUACAAAUAUA